GUACUAUGCGCAUCGCCUGGAAUUGACGAACUGCAGACGGAACAACUGGAACAGUACACAUGUUGGCUUGACAGAAAAACAUUCACUGGAAAUUUACAAGGAAUAAAAUUUUGCUGUUCCCAAGCAAAGAAUGAAUUGAUUCGUUUCAACGUAAAAAAGGAUUGAAUUAGUUACGUUUGACGAGUUCACAACUGAAAGUCCUGUUGGUGAACCGACGUCGUCGACACGCUUCGAUGCGUGUGGAACAGCAGCCGAUGAUAUUUCACAUGCUCAACUGAAAUUGAAACUGUAGUCAGUGGUAGGCCUAGUGUUGUAACUUGUUUCGAGAAAUAAUCCCGUAACUGAUGGAGCUCAUUAACAUGUGCUGAACUUGUACAUGUUCGCCAGAAGUGCUUCUCUGAUGAAAACACAUUGAAGACGGUGAAAUCGUGCCCGAUUCUCAGAUCGUUUCCGUUUGAAAUCAGUCGUGAUCGCGUCAGCAUGGUCGGUGGUUGUGAGAAACUCGUCACUGGUCUACUGUGCUGGUGUUACCCGUAAGCCGAGGCGCGGCCUGACUUGUACUUAUAGUGUACGGUAAACAUUUGCGGUAGUCAGAGACACUUUUGAAUAUUUCCUUUAUUAUACAAAUAUGACAGACACGAGUGAUAACAACCGAGGUCUCUCUCAGAAUUCUUUAUGCCAGAGAUGUGUCAACUCAAGGAGCUGCUGCAACCAACAGUCGUGGGUGCUCACGGCUUGGUUCUUAUACAGUUGCUUCUGCAUUGCUUCAUCCGCUGUUCCACCUUUCAUCAACCGGCACCCGCAGGGUGACACAGCGUUUGCAGGCAACACAGAGCUCCUCAGUUGUCAGGCAUUGGGCGAUACCCCCCUAGAGUACCAGUGGCUGAAGGACAACCUGAUCCUGGGUAACUAUGAUGCGCAAGGGGCCGCAUACCUGCUGAGGAACAUACAGAGGAGCGAUGCGGGGGAGUACAGGUGCCGUGUCCGCAAUGACAUCGGGACCGUCAUGAGCAAAAGGGCUGUCUUGCAUGUUGCUUAUUUUGACAGUUUUGUGGGAGGUGAUCGGACGGAGAUUGCCACAGCUGGACAGGCUGUCAUUUUGUCCUGUCCCGAUGUAGAUAGUUUCCCAGCAGCUAGCAUCAAAUGGCGCAAGGACGGGGAUGAUGUCAGCAGCGACAAUAAAAUCGUGACCAUUGACAAUCGGCUGGUCAUCUUGGAUUCCUCCAGUGCCGACGAGGGAGUGUACACCUGCUUGGCUAAAAACGACUUCACACAAGAAAGCAGGGUCAGCCCAUCAAUUACACUCACAGUCCAAGGUGUGAAUCCACCCAGCAUUGUGCCUUCGAUUGUUGUUCCGCCACGCGACACAGUAUUCAUCCAGGGAGAUAGCAUUGCCAAUAUGGAGUGCAUUGUCAAUGCAAGACCUCUGGUGGACCUGUCAAUAACCUGGAAGCGUAACGGAGUCGUCUUGCAGACUGGGGGCACUGAAGCAUUCACAUACCAGAUUAGAAGUCCUUCACAGAGUACCAAAGGCGUGUACGAGUGCGAGGCUGCAAUGCCCUCCGGUGUUUCAGUCCGUGCCACAGCAAAUCUGACCUCUUACAAUCGUGGCCCGCCAACAUUCGUGAAUCCACCGCAGCAAACUACCAUCAGUUCAGUGGGCAGCGAUGUCACAAUCCCCUGUGAAGCAGCAGGGACCCCUCGACCCAUCGUCACAUGGUUCAAGAACACAGUGGAUGUCACCACCCUUGGGCUCAGCAGAUUCCAGGUACUAGAUAGUGGCAUGCUGCAGAUAACUAGCACAGAAGCCGUGGAUGCCGGCAUGUACCAGUGCGUGAUAAGCAACGAGGCCGGGGAAGACAUCACAGACACCUGGUUGCAGGUCAGAGAGAUUGCACCAACGUUUACCAGUGAGCCGCAGGACACCACCAAGAUUGAGGGUGAGCCUGCCAUGAUGUCUUGCCAAGCAGUCGGGGCACCCAAACCGACCAUCACAUGGUUGAGAGACGGAUCGACCCCAGUACCUGAUGAUUUAAUCCAAGACAACGGCGAUCUCUUCUUUGCCAGCACAGUGGCGAGUGACACGGCUGACUACAUGUGUGUCGCCGACAAUGGAGUGGGCACUAUCAAUGUAACAGCACGGCUGACAGUGUAUAUACCAACGGUCAUCCAGACCCCGCCUCAUGACACAAAGGUCCAGCUGAGCCUGCCGGCAGUCAUAGACUGCGUGGUGCAACAUGACCCUGCCGUGACCGUCACAGUCCUGUGGUACCACAACACUGCCCUGGUAGACACGGACGCCAGUUCCCGAGUCAACCUGCUGGCCUCGGGCUCGUUGGAGAUCCGGCAGACACUGCGCAGUGACAAGGGCACGUACGAGUGUGUGGUAACAUCAGUGGCCGGCAACGGUAGGAGGAACGCCACGCUCACUAUCCAAGAAUUACCAUGGAAACCAACCAAUGUCGCCUCAAGGAUCAGCCCUAGUGAUUCACGGACCGUCGAGCUGAGCUGGGUGGCCCCAUUUGAUGGCAACUCCCCGUUGUUGCGCUACAUUAUCGAGCAAAAAGAAGACGAGUCGGCAUUCACCGUGAUCGAUUCCAGUGUGGAUCCCAGUCUUCCCUCGUUCAAUGUGGUGGGCGUCAUCCCCUCCAGGAGCUAUCAGUUCAAGGUACGGGCGGAGAACAUUCUAGGCGCCGGCGAGAAGAGUGACCCCACCCUGGUGCUCCACAUACCCGAGGAACCUCCCGAUGAAGCUCCUAAUAGCGUGGUCACCAGUUCCAGCUCUACUACUUCCAUCAUAGUGGAGUGGCAGACACCUCCCGAGGACACAUGGAACGGUCCCCUGCGGGGCUACAUCCUUCGCUACAAGCUGUACGGUUACACCUCCACCCCCUACACCCCGGUUAACAUCACCAGCGUGCGCCAGACGUCCUAUACGCUUCAAGGCCUGGAAAUCUGGACCCGCUACGAGAUCCAGGUGGCAGCUUACAAUGGUGCCGGGGUGGGCAUCUACAGCCAGUCCUUGGCCCAGAGGACCAAGGAAGGGGUGCCUAGCGAAGCCCCACGCAAUGUGCAGACAACUGUGUUGAAUUCAACAGCCAUCCAGUUCCAGUGGCAGAUGCCUGACCCCCAAACUAUUAAUGGAAUCAACCAAGGAUAUAAGUUGCAUGCAUGGCUGAAUGGAUCAGAGAGCUCCAAGAUUGAGGUGAUAGUGGACCCUAACCCAGCCAUCACAAUCCUGGAAGGCACCAUCAGCGGUCUGAAAAAGUACACGGAAUACAAGACCAGCGUGCUGUGCUUCACCAGCCCCGGAGACGGACUAGCUAGUCCCACGGUCACUGUCAGGACUCAUGAAGACGUGCCUGGCUCAGUUGGUAGUCUUAAGUUGAAGGAUGUCGUGGAUACAUCCCUGAAAGUGGAAUGGACUGUCCCAACUGAAACGAAUGGUGUCAUCAGAGGCUAUGAAAUCAAGUGGUACAGGUACAACACUACCAGCACCAGCCCGCCCAUUUCAUUGCCCCCCGAACAGCGCGAGUACACUGUGACUGGUCUGACGGCUACCACCAGGUACACCCUGGUCAUGUGGGCCCGGACGUCGGUCGGCCGAGGGCCCCCGAAAGAAACCAGCUUCAGCUCCGGUGUACCGCCACUGCGGCCGGAUCCACCCAGCCAGCUGGCCAUCUCCAAUAUCCAGUCCAGCAGCGUACACCUUCAGUUUGAGCCAGGCUUCAGUGGCCACACCAGCAUCUCGGCCUGGAUCGUGGAGGCACAGGUGGGCACCUCCACAGCCUGGCUACGCCUGUACGAGCACCAGGACCCGGACUCACGAGGCUUCCCCGUGCCCAACCUCAUCCCCUACAUGGACUACGUCUUCAGGCUUCGGGCCCAGAAUAUUGCCGGAGAGAGCGAGCCCAGCCAGACUACCAGGAGAAUACAGACACUCCAAGACACACCGGAAAUUGCCCCUCGCGAGGUGACAGUGAGAGCCCACAGCGAGACAUCCCUCAGAGUCCGCUGGGUGCCCUUGCUCAAAAGGGAGUGGAGUGGAGAGCCUAUAGGUUACCACAUCUACUGGCAAGAGGUCAAUGCUGUGACCCCUGACCCUACCCAGGGGAGUUACGACCUCCUGGAGCCCUACACAGGCGAAUAUGUCAUAGCCGGCUUGCAGGAGUGGACAGAGUACUCAGUGCAGGUUCAAGCUUACAAUGAGAUUGGGGCGGGACCCAUCAGUGAUGGCCUUGUGGGCAGGACAACCGAUACAGUUCCCAGCUCAGGGCCAUCCAACGUUACAGCCCGGGCCACAGGUCCAUUUGUUAUAGACGUGACUUGGGGCCCAGUGCCAAAGAUUGAUCAGAAUGGUGCCAUUUUGGGAUAUAAGGUGCGUUACUAUGCCACCUCCUCACCCUCGGAGCAGCUGACCCUUGAUGUCACUGGUGAGGCCUCCAUGAAUGGCUCUCUUUCUGGCCUGCGUGGGUAUACGCGCUACGCACUGAGUGUGCUUGCCUACACACGCAUGGGGGACGGCAUGGUCAGCAGUACAGUGGUGGUAGAGACACAGGAAUCUGUCCCGGGCCCACCCAGCGGUAUCCUGUUUCCAGUGGUAACCAACACAUCUGCAAAGAUCACCUGGCGGGCUCCUGUGGAACCAAAUGGCAUUAUACAAAGCUACAGGGUGAGCUACGUUCAGCAGGGUUUCCCGGAUAACUUCAAGCAGACAACAGAGGUCGGCAUGGCUCAGGAGUACACAGUCUCAAACCUCUUUGACAAUACAUACUACUCCUUCAGCGUGGCUGCCAAGACCAGGCUGGGCUGGGGACAGGAGGCUUCGGCUAUCGUCAUCACAACCAAUGACAGAACUGCCCCGACUGCCCCCUCCAAGCCCAGCGUGGACUACAUCCACAGUCGAGAUGCUCGCAUCUCCUGGACCCCCGGAAUGGACGGGAACGGACCCUUGCGCUUCUACAGUCUUCAGAUCAAAGAGGGUGCUGGCAGUUUCCUGGACCGCGCCACUCACAUAGACCCCGGCGUCAUCUCAUACUUCGUUGACAAAUUGUCCCCGUAUACAGACUACCAGUUUCGUCUCAAAGCCCACAAUGACGUCGGACCCAGUCCCUGGAGUGAGGAAUCGGAUGUCAUAUCAACUGAACAGGACGUUCCCGAUGGUGAGCCUGGCAUACAGGAGGUGACUCCAAUAACCCCCACUUCUGUACGAGUGAUUUGGACGGCACCCCCUAUUAGCACCCACAACGGCCCCUUGGAGGGCUACCGCAUCUCCUACACAGAACUACCUGACGGUAGCCCAGUGGAGAGGGCCAGCACCGACCCAUCCCUGCUGCAGUACGAGCUGGCCAACCUGCUGCGCUAUCAGGACUACGAAAUCAAAGUCAGGGCUUACAACACCAAGGGGGCUGGGCCUUGCAGCCGGCCUGUCACGGUCUACGUCGGAGUUGCCAUUCCAUCGGCAGCCCCCAGUAAUGUCAUGGCCUCAGCAUCUGGUGCCUCCUCACUGCGUGUGACAUGGGAGGCCCUGCCGGAAGAAGCCAAGAACGGUGGACUGCAGGGCUAUAAGAUAACAUACUGGGAGACCCCCAGCGAGGCACGCAGUGCUCGCGAGACCCCCAUCAAGUACACGAAAACCUUCCCCAGCGAGGACACAGAGGCCACCCUGGAUGGCCUGAAAUGCUUCACAGAGUACUCGCUGACAGUGAUUGGGUUCAACUCCGCCGGGGACGGGCCGGCCAGUGAUGAGAUCACCAGCGUCACGGAACAGAGUGUGCCUGGUAUCCCUGCAGCCGUCGGUUUCCAGCGGAUCAGGAUGACCUCUCUCAACUUGACCUGGGCACCCCCGGAGCUCCCAUGCGGCCAAAUCAAAGGCUACCAGGUCUACUAUGAGAGCAUCACGCCAAUAGACGGUGAGAUCUCAACUAUCACCGUGGAGAUCAAUGGUCCCCUACUGACGUACGGCGUGGAGAAACUCGGGGAGUUUGCCACCUACACCUUCCGUGUCAAGGCCAGGACAGAUGGCCGCAGCUAUGGGCCGUACCGAGAGGCCAAUGUGACCACGGGACCCCAGCCUGGUAUGCCUGGACCCCCUGGUGCCCUCUACCUGGAAGCAGAGGUAGACUCCUUCAAGCUGUCGUGGACUCGUCCCGAGGAGACUGGUGCCUCUCAGCUCAUCGGUUACAUACUGGAGAGCCAGGAAGAAGGCCGUUCGGAAUGGGAAACCCAGACAGACAGCGUGAGCCCAGAUGCCUUGUACUACAACGUGCCUUAUGGCAACCUGAAAACCUCCACCAGGUACAAGUUCCGUGUGAUGGCAGAGAACCAGCAGAGUAUCAGCUUCCCCAAGGCCACCUCCGAGCUGAAGCAGACCCCGGCAGGGGAGAACACUGAGCAGCCAGACCCAGGUCUGACCCAGAAGAUGUUCUACGAGGAGUGGUGGUUCCUGGUCAUCGUCGGACUGGUCGUUCUCAUCGUUCUGAUACUCAUCACGGCCACCUUGUGUAUGCUGGGAAAAAGCCGCCUCUACAAAGAGAGGAAAGCUCAUAGCCGCGUCAAUCUGGACGAUCCAGUCAGCAUCCAUGACGGCAACUUGUCAGACACCUUCGAGAUGCAGCAGGGCAACGGGACCAAUGGCCGGUCCACUGGGGGGCGGGGCCGGGGUAGGGGCAGGGGCGGCAACAGAAAUGGGAUCUACUCGCGGACCAAUUCGUACACCAGACCCCCUCCUAGGCCCAGCCCGGGCAGCAUCCAGUAUUCCGAGGAGGAGGAGAGCAAGCACUACGAGGCCGUCCACCGACAGCCCAGCCGGGAGCAAGAUGAGACCUCCAGCCUGACGGAGAAGGCCGACCUGCAGUCUCAGACCGACUCCCAGUCUUCCUGUGGCUCUAAGGGUUCGGAGAGCGACAUUGAGUACACCGAAGACCCGCACUCCUUUGUCAACCACUAUGCCAGUGUACCCGCCAGCGCCUACCCCAGCCACUCUUGGAAGCGGCAGAAAGGCCCCAAGGCCUACAGCUACACGGACAGCGAGUCUGACAUGCAUAGCAUCCACAUAAAUGGGCUGGCUGGUAUGCCGGCUGGUUCCCGAGCCCCGCUGCAUGGGUUCUCCUCCUUUGUAUAGUGAAUUGCCAAAAAAAAACCAAAAUCUUAACCUCUGCACUGAUCCAUUUGUACGAUUCUUUCUUGAGAAAUGUUUUGGAAUAUUUCUGUAAGAAUUUUGGACGGACAAUUGUUUUUUUUCUUUUAAUAAAAGCAGUGUAGUAGUUUAUAAUGCUGAUUUAUUGUGAAUGUUGGGGAAGGAAAGUUUUAUGUUGGUGUAUUUUAAUACUCUUUGUGUGGCAUUUUAAAAGAUACAAAAUGGUUGAUUGAAUAUUGUUAGUGUAGCCAACAUUUUACAAGGACUUCCUGUUUCAGGAAGUAUAGGGCACCAUUAUCUGGAGCUGCAAAAAAAUAUACAUUUAUGCAAAGGUAGCCGACAAGCAAUACAUUUCAUAUGAGAUUUUAAAUGUUAACUUGUGUACUCAAAUGAAAGUGCUUUUGAGCCUGGUGAUCUGUUUUGACUCUGCAGCUCCAUUCAAUCUGAAGGACAUAGUUCAAUUCAGGUGUUGCCAGUAAGUACUUGAAUGCAUCACCGGUUGGCUUUGGUAUGAGUUUUUUUAAUUAGUACAGCUUGGCCAAACGUUGGAAAGACUGUGGUGAGAUGUUUGUCUAAUACAUGUAGUGGUGUAAAGAUUUUCCAAACUUUGUGGCAGAAAAAAGCCCGAGUUAGGUUGGUGCCCAGGUUGGAACUAUCGGUAGAAUGAUUUUCUGGCUGAACUGAAAUUGUUGGCUGAAUAACCAUGUUCGGUGAUAUUGAUUACUCACUGUUCUCCAAACUUAUCAAGGCACUUGAUGUGUAAGGACUCUUUAUAUGGAAGAAAUCUUAUCUGAGUUUCAUUCAUUGGCAAAGUGAGCUGGGACUAGUCUUGAAAAAAUUUAUAUUUUGGCUAUGCAUUUUUGUACAGAUUUUCUGGUACUGGAUACCAAAAGCAUGGACAGUCAUGAGAGUCUUUGUUCAUGCAGCCAAGCUGCAGAUAUUGAUGAGGUUUUUUCUAAACCCAUGCUUCUUCUUUAUCUUUGGAUUGAGCAUUGCAAUUUUUAGGUCCAAACUUAAAUUGACCCUUAACCCAAAAUUAUUUUGUGCAAUGUAUUCUUGGUGCAGGCGUCCCCUCUGUGAAGAAAAAGGAGGAAGAACACUUAAGUGUCACUGUGGCCAUGUUCAACUUCACUCCUCUGUAACAGUGCUGUAGGUUUGUGCACAUUCUAAUGAAAGUUGGACACUCUUUGCCCAAUGCAUGGUAUGAAUGCAUGAGGUUCUUCACCCACAGGCUCUUACCUGCUACACAGCAUAUCAGAUUCUGCACACAUUAAUGUAGGUUCAAAACUUAGAUAUCUUUAAGUGGGGAGGGGAUUCAACCAAGAAAGAUGCUUUUCAAGAUGGGCCAGGGGUUGAGUCCAAGGAGAAGAUAAAGCUGAGGUCUGGGAAAAAUGGCCCGAGUCAAUACAUACCUAUAAAUUUGGAGACCAGUGUGGAUUUGGCCCAAGGCCAAGAUUGUACAAAGUGUAUUAAGGAUGACGCUAUAUGUAAGUUAUGGGUGUAAUUGUGCAUGAAGCAUCCCUGCUGAUAUGAAUUCUCUGCUCAGCCACUCAACUUCUGAAAAGUGUCCCGCCAGCAUAGGAUUGCACUGACUCGCAAGCGCAGUACUGAUCCGGGGAAAAAUGAAAGAUGUACAGCAUAUGAUGGAGUGCCAUUGUUAGGAAACUUAGCUCCAAAGGAAUUUUAUUCGGAAAUGCAGUGGUGCCAAUUUUUUUACAAAUGGACUAAAUUACUAAUUUUUAUAAAUAUUGUCAGUGCCUCUUUUAAUGAAUACAAUUAAAGCUUUUCUGUCCAAAGUAAUCCCAAGUUGCAGAAACCAAUGAAAUAGCCUAGUGUAAAAUCGAGGUGCUUCCUAAAGAAAACUGUUUCCAUUCCAGAACUGUAGCACAUGCAUGAGUUGAUGUGCUUGUUUAUCAAGACACAUUUCAUUUAAAAGGUCUUUUAGUUGGGUGAGGUCGAGCAAAAGUUACACCAAAAUCAAUUCCAUUUUAACAGUUGCAAUCAUUUUUACAAGUUUGUGUAUCCGUUGUGCACCUUUGCGAAACUUUUACCCUUAGUAACCUUCCACUUUUGAUUCUUAACUAUCGAUGUCCUGUUUCUGAGAUCUUUUCCAAUUAGUGAGGUGUUCGCUAUACUUUUUAUUAUGUCGGAUAUUUCUGAGUGGUUUAGCUUUGGGGGAAUGUUUUGUGUUCUUGAGUAUGAGUUAGGCGUCUUGCCGGUUUUGUAAUUUGAGUUCAUCACAUGUUCACCACAGCAUGCAGUCCAGUUCUGUGAAAAAUGAUUCCUGUCACUUUCACUUUUGAUGGACUUGAACAAGGUUUAUUUGCUUGUAGUGUACAGUACUAGUCUUCUGUAAAUCGUUAUGGGCCCUUAGAAAACCUGAGUAAUUUUGCUGUCCUGUUUGUUCCUUUGUCUUUUGAUCCAAAAUAGGAUAGACCAUGAGGGAUGUACAGAGUAUGUCUCCAGUGUAUUGUUAUGCAGAUUGAUUUGCUUGUCUUCCUCCAGAGUAUAGCAUAUUUGUAUCUUCUUGUGUUUCUGGUUUGUGCCAGAAGUGUAAAUUUGGUAAGGGAUGAACAUGUAAUUAUACCGAGCUGUAUGUAUUUCAUUAGUUUGGUUUUGUUUUAUGCAGAACAUAUCCAAGAAAUGAAUUCAAUGCAAUACAUAUCUGCUGUGUUGAUGACUGAAUACUCCUGAAAUGAUUCAUUUUGCUUAUCUUAGACAAAAAAGCAAUAUAUGUUGAAGUUUUACGCUGGCAUUAUUAACAAGUGGCAUUUUAGGCAGUAAUGAAAUGCAAGUGAAUUAUAUGGAGGAACCAAUGUUAUUCAAAACACAUAGAUGACUUUAAACGCGACAGGUGUAUUUCAUCAUGCUUUUUGAUACUAUUUAGAUUUUAGGUGUAUGUGGCUGACUUUUCAUCUAGAAAUGUGCACCACAAAAACUGUGAAGACCAUAAACGCACUGCCGUGAUACUGGAGAAAAACGGACAGAAGAACCUUGCCGCCUCACCCCUAUCCCGGAUGUUUGAGGAUUAUUUUCAAAAGAAGAACUUGUGUCCAUAUUCGCUUGUCAGAAGUGCAGCCCUUUUUAAAAUACCUCUCUGGAAAUUGAAAGAAAAGCCAUCUCAGGAAAUGGUGAAUGUCACCUUGACAGUCAUAACUGAUGAUGUCAUGAUAUCUGCACUGCUUUCUGUUUUGCCCUAGCAUAUGGACCAACAUUCAAAAGCUGACAUGUUUUAUAAAUUUGUCAUGUAAACCUGUUAUACAGACAAGUAAUGCCUUUAUGUGUGCAUUAUACAUGGACAGAGGAUGUGAAAGGGUGACGUGAAGUUUUAAUUAAUUUUCCACGCUUUUACGUUAAAUGUUAAAAAUGCAACGUGUUGUAAUGUGGUUUUUUUAAUAAGUGGUUGACUUGAUAUCUUUUUUUUAAUUUGUAAGCUGACAUCUUCCUUCUUGUGAUGUUGGUGUUCCCUAAUCCCCGUGAAGUUUUUGUUCUGUUUACAUUGAACAGAUGUUUCCUUCGCUGUGCUGCUCAGCAUUGUCGUGUAGCUUCACUGAAAUUUACAUUUGUUAUUUCCUUAGAAAUGCUUGAGUGCACAAAUUCCAGUGGUUAACACUGGGGUUGAAUUUCAUCUUGUGUUAGAUGGUUAGCAGAAAAUUUGUGUGAAGCCUAUUUCACACCGCUGAUCCACCGAAGUCUGCAUCAGUUCUGUUGCAGUUUGGCCUCUAUGCUCUAUUCUCUGCUUAAUGGAUCUGUGAAAUGAACAUGUGAUCCGUUGCUAGCAUAUUAAAGGUAGUGUCAUGAAAAUAAGAGCAGCUGUAUAAUUUUGCCAUAUCAGUCAUUAAGUUGGCUUUGUGCUCUCUUCUGCCCUGAAAAAAAGAAACAAAGGCAAGCAAUGACCAACACCAGAAAUGCAUCAUGCAAAUUAGUAUCAUUUUAAGUUCUAUGAUCAGUUUUCUUAUAAAACAAUACAGAUAUUUGUUACUUUAAUAUACAUGUAGAUAGGAUAUGGAAAGGUUUUUCAAUGAUUACAAAUAUCAAGUGCAAAAUGCAUUUGUUUUUCUGGAUGGAUUCGUGUUUGUCUUAAAAGCCAAAUGGGUGUAAAUAAUCUUUGUUAAUGAAAUAAAAAGUGCAAACUUCUUGAAGCAU